AGUCAGAAAAAGAGUAUUAUGAAAUUGGUUAUGAAACGCAUGGAGGAAUAUUUUCGGAACUCUACCUUGCAUGGACUACGCUACGUUGGAGAUCCUCUCAUUUCGUUUGGAGAACGAUUCUUCUGGUUACUGGCGUUCUUUGUCGCCUUACUUUGUGCAACGUACUUCAUAAACAAUAUCUACAGUAAAUACAAUCGUAGUCCGAUAAUCAUUAGUUUAAAUCCAACAGCAACACCGAUUGGAUCACUUCCAUUCCCAGCAAUCACCAUUUGCAGCAUGAACCAGGCUAUUAAAAAAGAAGCGGAACAAAUCAUGCUGUCAGGGACAGACGUUGAAAAAAUGUUGCUCGACGAUUAUUGCAAUGGAAACUCUUCGUUUGGAAACUUAAGCAAUCUUAGCGAGGAAGUGGGAAAAUGGGAAAACGUGCAAAAGUUUAUUUUAAGGGUGAACCCUCCAUGCCAAGAGACAAUAAGGACUUGUUUCUGGCAACAGCAAGAGUAUGCUUGUACGGAUGUCUUUAAUAAUGGUCUUACAGACGAUGGUUUAUGUUGUACCUUUAAUGCACUUCCAAGGGAUUAUAUAUUUCGAAACCCUCAAGAUAUGGCAAUCUUAAAUUUAACUUUCCAACGCGAAGUGGACGACUGGAAUCCGGAACGCGGAUUUUUACCCAAUGCAUCACUAACCGCAUUACCUUGGAGAGCUAAAGGACCUGGAACACAUUUGGGAUUAACAUUGGUUUUGGAUGCGCAGCUGUCAUCAUAUUAUUGUUCGUCGAGUACUGGAGUCGGGUUUAAGGUUUUGCUGCAUAACCCCUUAGAAACUCCAAAAAUGGCCGAUUUUGCAAUACUAAUAUCUCCAGGAUUAGAAUCAAGAGUUAGUAUAGAACCGAAAAUAUAUGACGCCUCAUACACAAUAAAAGAAAUAGAAAUCGAAAAAAGGAUGUGUUACUUUACGAAUGAGAGAUCUUUGCAGUUCUAUAGGACCUAUACGGAAUUAAACUGUAAAUUAGAAUGCCAAACAAACCUUACGUUGUCUUUAUGCGGAUGCGUUCCUUUUUAUUUGCCACGGAACAGAUUGAAAAAGAUUUGUAGUAAAAGUAAACAGAUCUGUAGUAACCUCGCAAAAGAAAUAAUGGAAAUUCACAGCCAAAAUGGAUCGAGUUGUCACUGCUUGCCCGGAUGCUUUGAAUUGGGGUUUGAAGCAUCGGUGUCGUUUGGACAAUUGACGGAUACUUUCAAAAUUAGAGAACAGUACAUAAAAAACGUGUCCCCCGAGUAUUUUAGGCAAAACAUGGCAGUGCUUCAUUUCUUCUUCACCGAGUCCAAAUUUACAAGCUACACAAAGAGUGAAUUGUACGGAUUUUCUGAAUUUUUAUCAAACACUGGUGGACUGUUGGGCUUAUUCCUUGGAUUUGGCGCACUAAGCUGUGUGGAAAUAUUUUACUAUUUUUUCUUGAAGGUAGUCUGCAAUUCACUACAGAGUCGACGAAAAAGUAAACAAAACAUGAAAAUUAAGAAACGUGUGGUAACUAAGGGUUAUCCCUUCCACAUAGCUAACUAAAUCCUUAGUGUUUGCUAAAACUACACUGAACUGCUUAGGUAAUUCACGCAAAGU